UUACAUUUUUGCUGACGAUGAUCAGCCGGUGAAGCGCAGUAAAAUAUUCAGUAUUGCAUCGUUAUUCAGAGCGUAGUUUUAAACAUGAAUUCAACAGCAACUACGAACCAGAAACUUCCUGCACAUAGCGAUGCCCUCGAAGCACAAGAAAAUACUGCGUCAAAUUCCACACAACACAGCGCAUCAAACAUGCAACAGAAAGCACCCAAACGGGCGGCAAAGGAAAGGGACAAGCGACAGAAAAAGAUAUUUCCCUACGGCAACUACAACCGCUACUACGGUUACCGCAAUCACGAUGCAACUCCGGCCGACGACGCACGGUUGCGGGCGUUCGUACAGCGGCGGGAACUGUUCGAAUCGAAGCGGAUUCUUGACAUUGGCUGCAACAAUGGAGCGCUUACGGUGCAGGUAGCGCUAGCCUGCCAGCCCGCCUCCAUCGUGGGCAUAGACAUCGACGGUGAUCUGAUUCGGGACGCUCGCAAACACUGGAAAACGACGCUGAUCGCGGGCAACAAAAUGGGCGACAUAAACGGUCGAACGGUCGGCAUCGAGCUGGUCGAAUUCCAGCGCGCCAACUACAUCUACGACGAUGCCGCACUGCUCGAGCUAGAAAAACCUCAGUUCGAUGUGAUACUGUGCCUGUCGGUGACCAAAUGGAUGCAGCUCAACUUUGGCGACGAUGGGCUGCGGUUGGCGUUCAAGCGCAUGUACCGACAGCUGCACCCGGGCGGUGUGCUGAUACUGGAAGCGCAACAAUGGAGCAGCUACAAACGGCGCAAGAAUCUAAACGAAACGAUUGCGCGCAAUUUUCAAAACAUAAAAUUUUUGCCCACAAUGUUCGAACGGUACCUGUUGGGCGAGGAGGUUGGGUUUAGCGAGUGUACGGAAUUGCCGGUACAGCGGCACUCGGCGGCCGGAUUCCAACGACCACUACAAAUGUACAGAAAGUAGGUGCGAAUGGGCACCGCAUUUUUUUCGGAUGCUUAAAUUAAAUGUUUCUAACCAAU